UUCACAGCCAGUUGUGCUGAUUAACAGCUACUGCUUUUGUGUGGCUGGUUGUGGAACCGGCAACCACUUGGUUGCAUUGCUUUUCCAGAAAGCUCAUUUUUCCGAAUGUGGCAUGUCUGUUGUCCCUCCUGUCCUUUCAUGCACGCAGACAGAACAGAAGUGGUAUAAACCACAAACAAUGGGGGUGAAGCCAGGACCUGUGGAUGCUGUGGUUGUUGUAAAGCCCAAACCAGGUGCUACUACAGCCAGUGGAGUUAGAUCUGCACUUUACAAGGCCUUCAGCGAUAAACUCCCAGACCCCUUCACCCUCAACCCUGGACCUGCCUACGCUGGAAUGAAGGUGGAAUCUCUACCACUCAUCUGCAAAAUGAACAUCUCUGCUGACAAGCCACUUGUGGACUCCAUCUUUGGGAAAGUACAAGCUGGCAGUGUACUGUCCUAUAACAGUGGUCGGCAACAUGGCAGCGGGAUUGAGGAGCUCCUCGAAGUAUUCCUUCCACCGUCCGACGACAUCCCCAGUCAUGUUGGCCUUCCGGUACCCAUCAGCUGCCUCCGGAGUCCCAUGAGCCAACAAGGCUCGAUAAGACUCCUUCUUCAGCUUGAUGGCAUCCCUUACUUCCAGGGUCCACCACCAGGUUCAGGGAUUGCCGCCAUGACAGACCCUGCGGCCACAGCUCUGAGCAGCCGCUUCGACAAUGGAGGUGGAGAACAUGGUCCACUCAGACUCAAUGUCCCCAACCUCCCCCGGGAUCUGGGAGAAGCUCUCCCGGAGGUGAGAGUUAACGACCGCGCUGGCAUCGGGCUCUGCCAGACGUUCCCAGCAGGCCCUCACAACAUGUUUGGGCCUGCUGAGUCUGUCCAGCUUCCUCCUUUGCCAGCGGAUCCAAUUCACCACCAGGUGGUGAUCGGUUGACAGCUCUGCCCCUCUCUUCACCCGAGUGUCCAAAACACAUGGUCGGAGGUCUGAUGACACGACAACAAAGUUGAUCAUUGACCUCCGACCUAGGGUGUCCUGGUGCCAAGUGCAGUCAUGGACAUCCUUGUGUUUGAACAUGGUGUUCGUUAUGGACAAACUGUGACUAGCACAGAAGUCCAAUAACAAAACACCACUCGGGUUCAGAUCGGGGAGGCCGUUCUUCCCCAUUACCCCCCUCCAGGUCUCACUGUCGUUGCUCACGUGAGCGUUGAAGUCAUCCAGGAGAACAAUGGAGUCCCCAGUCGGAGCACCAUCCAGCACCCCUCCCAAGGACUCCAAGAAGGCCGGGUACUCUGCAUUGCUGU